AUGAUUCAGAGGGGUGAAGAGCCAAGUUGUGUUACAUAUAAUAUAUUGAUGAAUGGGCAUUGCUUAGAUAAUAGGAUUGAUGAUGCAAUGGAGUUAUUUGUUUUGAUGGAGGCUAAAGGACGUAAACGAGAUGUUGUAAUCUUUAACGUGUUAAUUAGCUGGUACUGCAAGUCUCAAAAAUUGAAAGAGGCUAUGAGGCUUUUCGAAGAAAUGAUACGCCAAAAAUACAAACGAAAUGUCAUUACAUUUAACACUUUGUUACUUAGUCUAUUUAAAGUAGAUAGGGUUAAGCAUGCACACGAGCUUUUUGGGAAGAUGAAAUUUCCUGAAGUCAUUCCGAAUUCUGCUACUUAUGAUAUAUUAUCGAAUGGAUAUAUCGAAAACAAUUGCCUCGUGGAUGCAAUGAAGCUUAUUUGCACUCUAGAUAUAUCUACUCUUAAUUUUGGGAUUGACACAUAUAAUUGUGUUCUUGAUCGAUUAUGUAAAGCAGGAGAACUCGAUUUAGCUAGUGAGCUAUUUGGGACGUUGUUUCAUAAGGGCUUGGUAUCAAACGUUGUUACAUAUACCAUUAUGAUUCAUGGCUUUUCAAAACAUAGAAAUAUGGAAAAGACAAAUAAUUUAUCUUUGAAGAUGGAAAAGGAAGGCUGUGUGUACAUGAUUGGUCUCUUUUAA